AUGGACGGAGAUCUGAAUAAUGAUCUGUUGGGAUCAGAUGGAAUCACUUACUCACUACAAGAUAACGUGACAUUUGCAAAGACAUGGCGAAUCACACAAACAUUUAGUGGCUCUGGUUUGAAUGGCACGUGGUCUUGGUCUCACUCCAACUUUCACAAAGACGAUGUGAUGGAUAUCUCCUACACCGAUCCUACAUUUGUACCACUAUACAGCAUUGCAGACUUGCAACCAUCUCUCAGACAAAUGGCCAUAUCGGUGUGCAGUCAACUGAAUCUAACGGGAAUAAAACUGAACGAGUGCAUAUUUGAUGUAGCGAUCACUAACGACACAUCCCUUGCCGAACAGGAAGCAUUCAAGAUUGGUAAUAUUCAUCUGAAGGGUGAUGUCCAACUCAAUGUUCUGGCAAAGGUCGUUGUGUUAACAACACUUGUGUGUGUGUUUCAGGAUGGUUUGGAGACGAUUGUAGUCGAGGUUAUUGUUUCUGUGUUUGUGAAUGGGGACUGUGCGUCCGGAUUCUGUCGCUGUCAUUUUGGAUGGGAUGGACCGUUCUGUGAAAGGCCUGCUACUUGCUUUGGUGUAUCAAACUGUACUAGUGCUUCUCAUGGACUGUGCAAGUCGGACGAUGUGUGUGAAUGUACACCAGGUUAUAUUGGUGAGGCGUGCAAUGAGAGCGCGCGUUGUGAUAACGUGAACCAUUGUUCUAAUCAUGGCGUGUGUGUCGAUCAUGAUAAGUGUGAGUGUGAGUUGGGAUGGGCUGGUAUUAACUGCACUCUCUACUCGUGCGAACUCAACGGAUACUGCAGCGGCCACGGUCGAUGCGUCGAUUUUGAUGUGUGUCAGUGUGAUGUGGGAUGGGCUGGUGGUAGCUGCACCACUCCUCUCUGUAACGGUGUAGACGAGUGUUCUCGUAACGGCGAAUGCGUGUCACAUAACGUUUGCCAGUGCUACGAUGGAUAUUUGGGUAGCAAUUGUGCCGUUGCCGACGUUUGUCCUGAAGUGAACGAUUGUUCUGGUAACGGAGUGUGCCUUUCGAAAACAAAGUGCAGAUGUUACUCUGGCUAUUCUGGUAAAAAUUGCAGUCAAGCGCAGUGCAAGGGAAGGAACGAUUGUUCCGGUCACGGCAAAUGCGUUGAAGUGGAUCUGUGUGAAUGUGAGUUUGGAUACACCGACUCGAACUGCAGUUCCUACUCGUGCGAGACACAUAACUUCUGCUCAGGUCAUGGAACGUGUCCAUCGUUUGACCGAUGUUUGUGUCAAAUCCAUUGGAACGGUGUAGCUUGUGACAUUCCCGAUUGCUCCAACGUGGACAAUUGUACCGACGUUUCUCACGGUACCUGCAUUGCUCCUAAUACGUGCUUAUGUGAGGCGCAGUAUGAUGGAGACAGUUGUAAUGAAACAGCAGAAAGCAACGCCAACCCACCAGUAUUUGCAACAUCAAAAGUCAGUCUGAUAGCUGCGACCACCAGUCGCGUGGGAUCGACAAUUUUGAGUGUAUUUGCUACCGAUGGUGACCGCGGUAAAAACGGACACUUAUGUUACUCUCUCACCAGCACUAACAAUAACCAUACAUAUUUUCGAUUAAAUGGUAGCUCGGCUGAUAUCAUUCUAUCAAAGUCACUCGAGUAUUUAACUGGAUCUCUAUUGACUUUCAAUGUCAUUGCUACUGAUGGUGGCGUGCCGAGUCUAACAGGAUCUGUAAACAUUGAAGUAUUCGUAGUGAAGCCCAAUCAACAUUGUCCCGUCUUCAAAAAUCUUCCCAAAGUCGUUCAUGUUCCGGAGAGUGCUGGGAUCGGAUAUGUGAUAGCUGACGUAACGGCAACCGACGACGACGGUACGGAUUCGGUCAAUGGUGUCGUCAGCUAUUCGUUGGAAACGACUAAUGCAAACACCAUCGCUACGCAAAACCAACUGUCGAGCGAUGUGGACGCGUUUUCAAUAAAUACGAACUCUGGAAGGAUAACAUCCCGUCGUCCACUGUCAGACGAUACGUAUAGUGUGAUAGCAGUGGCGUCAGACCAGGCCAGUCCACCUUGCAGCUCUACAGCUACUCUUCAAGUUAAUGUACUCUCCUCUAAUACUCCUCCUCUCUGUGAACCAUCUAACGUCGCCACAUCUCUUCCCUACACUACAGCAGUCGGUUCGAAUGUUUUGCGUUUGGAUGCCGUAGACAACGAUAACGGGACGGAUGGAAAUCUGACCUUCUCUUAUUCUAACUUUCAAUCACUUUUCUUGCACAAUGUAUCACCAUUGGCACUGAUGCAACGUAACAAGACAGCAUACUUUCAGCUUUCCAAUCCACUCCGCUCACUUGCCGACAGCAAUUCCAAAUCUUACGAUCUCUCGUUUUUGGUAAGCGUGACAGACGCUGCUCGUCGUCCCAGAUCGUGCACUUUUGCAGUCACUGUUAUCGUUACGCAUCCAUUUCAGUUUAGACACACUUCGCUAUCGUCUAGCAUCAACGAAAAUACCGACAAAGGAGUUCCAUUGAUAUUAACCCCAUCUCUAGAACUGAUGACGAACUUGAGUGGAAUUAUAUACAAUCUGCACAAUGCAGAUCAGUUACCGUUUUCUAUCGACCCAAAUACAGGAACUGUGACCGUUUCUGGAUCAAUCGAUUACGAAGCAAUCUCUUAUUACGAUAUCGCCAUAGUGGCUGGCACCUCCGUUGACCCUCAAGCUUUUUCUGUUGCUCACGUCGACAUCACAGUAAUAGACGAAAAUGACAAUCCUCCUCGUUUUCCAUUUUCACAUUACAACGUCUACGUAAAAGAAGACGUGGCCAAAGACGUAACACUUUUGUCUCUUUCAGCGAUUGAUGCAGAUUCAACAGGAGGACCGGUCGUGUAUUCACUGACUUCGCAGUCACCAUCCAAAGGAGACCAACAUUUUGUGGUAACAACGACCGUCAAUGGAAUCACGAUUGAUGUAGCAGAUAACGCCAAUCUAGAUUACAAAAUUACAAACAGAUACCAACUUGUAAUCAAAACGUGGGACCGCGCAAAUCCUCGCUUGUUCAGUGAAGCGUCCGUCACAAUUCACAUAGAAGAAGGAGACUUCCCAAGUCCGGCUUUCCAACGACGCUCAUACGACGGUUGGGUGCAAGAACACACAGCCACCGGAAAGAUUGUGUUGACUAUACCAGCUCUAGUCAAUGGCAAGAUAGGCAAUCGAGUCACCUAUUCGAUAACAAACCAGAUGUCCGACGCAUUGCCCAUCUCCGCAUUCGACGUGUCUGCUAACGGCUCCAUUGUCGUAUCUAAUUCGUCUCUUCUUGAUUACGAGACUCUUCAUCAGAUCAGCUUCACACUUGUCGCUACGGUUACUAAACCUCGUCUACGCACAGCUCAAACGACCGUCAUUGUGCAACUCGAAGAUGUUAAUGACAACCGACCCCAAUUUGACAAAAAUGAGUAUGAAGGUGAUGUUGUUCUCGACGCUGCCAUUGGGUUCACUCUAGCAAAUGUGACUGCUCAAGAUGCUGACUUGGGCUUGAAUGGCCAUAUUUCCUACGGUAUCGAGUCUGGAAAUGACGACGGAAUGUUUUCCAUCAACGCGAUGGGCAAAGUUCAGUUGGCCCGAUCGCUGAACGAGAGCGGCCUCGACAGAUACACGAUCACAAUUGUAGCUCGUGACCACGGACAGCCACCUCUAUCGUCUACAGCCACCGUCUACAUUACCGUCCUCUGUUCGUCAAUGGGAAUAUGCCCACAAAUGCCACCCGUCGAUAGCAGUACUACAGAUGUCCCGGUUGGAGUGAUCGCUGGAAGUGCAAUCGGCUGUGUUGCCAUCAUCGUCCUUAUCAUUGUGAUUGUACUCGUACUGAAAAAGAAAAGAAAACAACCACCACCCAACCAAGAGUGGACGGCGAGUGUGCCAAAUCCAAUGUAUAAUGAUUUGGCAGACAUUUCAACCGAGAUGUUCCACAGUCCCGCAAGCACCGGUGAUAAGUCAAGCUACGAGACGGUGCACUAAUAAAUGUGUACUAGCUCUUCAACAAAAUAGGGAGCUGCGGGACAAACCAAACUGUAACAGUAUAUCUAGCUAAUGGUUGCAUAUCGCCUAGUCUGUUGUUGCGUAGUCGCCUUAAUUUUGCUGCUGUUGUGCUGAUUGCAUGCAGGCACACAUUGCUAACAAGCUGGUCUAGUAAUAGAAGUGAUUCUAUAGUUAGAUGUGCUGAAAUGUGAA